CGACUCUCCGAUUUAACAGUUUCAGCCCCAGCUGGAUUGGGAGUUGAGACGCUGGGUGCCUUCCUGGAGGUCUACUUAUUCCUGUUGUGCGCACAGAUUGAGUGUACUCUGGCCAAUCGACGGCAUCGUUGUAUACCUCUGCUUGCCUGGGCUGUCGACUCUAGCUCUAAAAAUCUACAUGUGAAAGGUGGCGUUCAGAGUCAUUCUCAGACUGAGCCAUUCGCAAAAUCUCUGAUACAUCAGCAACAAAAACAACAGUUAUGUAGCAACAACUGCAUAGAUUUACCUGACCGGUCGAGAGAAAGCAUCUUUAAUAGUUCAGUAGCCCUAGAAAGAGGAAAUGAGCUCAGACGCAGGUAUCAUGUGGGUAAAAAUUUGGAAGAAGAUGGAGAUGAGACAGCAGAUGAGGUGGAGAACGGCGGACCUAACGAUAAUUUUUGCUUUCUGAAUAGGAGAAGCUCAACUCCGACCCUCAGAAAGUCAGAUAUGACCCUGGUGAAUAGAGGGGAAGAACGGGUACAUAUUAUAUUAUUUUUAUGA